AUGGUACCAAACACCCAGAACCCCAGCGCCCAGGAAGUUCAGGAAGUCCACGAGUUCGAUGCAAACUCCUCGGCAAAAGGGCCAAGCACACCACGUGCCUUUACCAACUACUCUUCCCCCUGGAUUUCCUCUUUACCAGCCACCGCAACCACGACCAUAUCCUCUCCUUCCCUUAUCCCCUCCCCCUCCUCCGCCGCCGCGGCCACCGCCCAGAAGCAGCAGCUUCAGCCCCUCAACGUAACCCAUCCAGUAAUUUCCAACUUCGUCGUCACCGGAACGGACGCGAGCUUCGUGGGAUACAGGUGCACAACUCCUGCUGGAGAUACCGAAGGAGUCCUUUCGGUUCCGUCGCCGUCAGUAUCCAAGCCCCAAACUAGUAGGCCUGAACCUGACUCUGAACCCGAAGCGGGGGAGUCGAAAUCAGGGGCAACACCAAUAGGAAAAACAACGGCGCAGGUGACGACAGGCCAAGACACGGUAACGGCUAUUUUGAUUACACCACGGGCGCGUGAUGCUGACUUCACGAAACGUGAGAAAAGAGAAAAAGAAGAAAAAGAAGAAAAAGAGGCCGAAGAGGCUGCAAAGAAGAGCAAAAUCAAGAAGCAGACUGCCGCUGCACUUUUUGUUUGUGCAGAGUGGUGGGGAGCAGAUGGAAGACUUGGGGUGAGCAAAUUCAAGAAGGAGGAGAAGAGGAUAGGGGGCAAGCAGAAAUGA